GACCAUCUAAGCAUGGAUUUGGGGGCAACAAUGGGGAAGGUGGCUGUAGAGUGAGGAGGACCUUGUUGAAAUGCCACCAGUCUCGCACACCUUGGGAAACUCACUAGCCUUCCUUCCUCGAAAAAAUGGAGAGAAUAAUCUCAACCACUACCAGCCCAGAACUGCAGAUAAAACAUCUGGCACAGGGAAGGCACUUACGUGAAGGACACCUGGCGCUGAGGACUCGGAAAUCAGUGGAGGCUGGGGUGGACUGAGGGAGCCCAAAGUGGGGCCUGGAAUUGAUUCAUUCAGUUAACAAAUGUCUGGGAAUUCCCUGGUUGUCUAGUGGUUAGGACUCUGCACUUUCACUGCCUAAGGGCCCAAGUUCAAUCCCUGAUCCUGCAAGCCGCGCAGUGCGGCAAAAAACAAAAAACAAAAGACCAUUUAUUGAGUAUUUAUGGUGUACCAGGGCCGCUCACAUACAUGGUUUCAGUUUAUUCUUACAACAGCCUAUGUAGUAGGGUACCAAUGAUCACUCUCAUUUUACAGAUUAGAAAACUACAAGGAAGGAUAAGUGAGAUUAUUUAGAGAAGAUGAGUGAGAGCAUCCCAGGCAGAGGAAACAGCAUGUGAUAGGUCCAAGGGCUGGAAAGCCUGGUGGGGAAGGCUGAGGCUGGGCUGGGAGCCCUGGCAGGCUUGGGAGCAAAGCAGUGGCACCUGGGCUCUGCUUGAGGUUUUAGGACAGGCCACCCCCGUCAGGCUUCCCAUCUUGUCCCCUCUUCGCACAACUCAUCCCAUGCUCUGGCUGCAAUAUUUAUUCUUCAUUUCUCGCACAGGGUAGACUCGUUCCCUACCUCUGUGCCUCCUGCCUGGGAUGCCCCCUUCAUUCUUUUUAUGUGUCCAAGUCACCCCAGCCCUGUAAAGCCCAGCAGCAGACAUGCCUUCUCCAGGAGCCCCUCCAGGUGUACCCAUGACCCCUAAGACCUGAGCUCUCCCUUCAGGGCCCCAUCCAGAUGGCAGGAACUGAGACCCAAGCCCUACGCUGGGGCUGACCUCUUCAGCAAGUCCUCGGACCUGCUCCCAUUCUUGGGACAGACACCCCGGUGGGGGUGACCACAGGAGGUUGUCCUGGGAACCCAGCAGAGAACUGGCUGCUGGGAUGAAGGCCAGGCCUCCUUGCCCUCCUGAGCCCUAGCACAGCGUAAAUCAGACCAGGAGGUCCACACUCUGAGCAGGCACAAGCGACCUCCUAGCACAGACUUGAAUAAGCAGUAGGUGACCAAUCUAUGCACAACUGACCAAGUGCUUACCAGCAGUUCAAACCUGAAUUUUCUCAGUUUGUUCCAAACUUUGGCCCCACCUCGGUUCCUCAAUCCCCUUGCCUGUAAAAUGGGUUUGGGGGUGAGAUCGGUGCUUAUACCUUACAAGGUAGAAAGAGUCCUCCCUCCCUUUGGCAGGUCACCCUCACAACACACUGGUGGCCAGUAUGACCACAUUGUACUGAGGGGGGUCAGAGAGGGGGAGGGGCUUGUCCAGAGUCACAAAGUGAGUAGGUACCAAGGUAGAACAAGAACCUGGGCCUCACACUCCCUGGGCAGUGACCUUUUCCUGUACCAUUCUGUCCCUAUUUGCCUCAGCUACUCCAAAUGAAAGCCCACCUCCUCCAGGUCAGCCCCUGAGUACUCUCUCCACCACUGGAGCUGCCCCCCUUGGGACAGCAAGGAGCCACAUCUCCUCCUCUGGUUGUCCUAACAGCUCUGAGUCCUGGUGCGGUGGUGCGGAGGGGCCUGGGAAGGGCUUGGCACAGGCAGGGAGAAUGCACCCAGGUGAGUUCUCAGGCAUCACCUCUAUCCCCACAACCCACACCCCUCACUCCCAGGGAGCUCUGGGCCUGCAGUGUCCAGAAACAGUGACUGCUAAGUGGGGAAAUGUGGGAAGAUCACGCUUGUGGAAAAAAGGAGAGAGGGAAGGAGGGAGGGAGAAGGUGGCUGGAUAAGUGAGUGCAUAAGUGGAUUGCCACAGAGAAGAAUGGACAGGUCGGUGAAUGAGCUACUGAGUGGAUGAAGAAAGGAGGGAUGGAUGGAGGAGUGACUAGGAAAACGGCUCUGGGUAUUAUAGCUAAAGAGAGACCAACAGUUCUUUAAUCACCAAACUACCCAUCUGAUAGAUGGAUAGACUGAGAGAGGGCUGAGGAGAAAGGAAGCUGCUGGGUCUGUGGGGCUGGCCUUAGAGCAGCAGCCUCUGGUCCUCCCCCACCUCUGUCUGCCUCUUCAUCACCCGCUUUCGUCUGCUGGGGUGGGGAUGUUUCCAGGAAGAAGAUCUUUUCUCUGCCUCCUCACUCCUUAGAUUCAGUUUCCGCUAGGCAUUGGUGUUGAGGGUGAUGCGGCGGGGGGAGGCCCCCGCAGGGCCUAUUUCAAUCGGAGACAGCCCUGCCAGGAAACAGAGGAAGCUGCCCUGUCGGAGGUGUUACAGCCUGGGCUCAGGGCAUGUCUGGCCUCCCCUUGACCUAACACACUUGGGGCCGCCAAGGCGCUUCAGGGACAGGAGGCUGCAUCAUCUCUGAAUGUAGGAAGUCCAGUUGAACAGCCAUGGAAUGGGACAAUGACACAGGCCAGGCCCUGGGCUUGCCGCCCACCACCUGCGUCUACCAAGAGAACUUCAAGCGGUUACUGCUGCCGCCCGUGUACUCGGUGGUGCUGGCAGCCGGCCUGCCACUGAACGCCUGCGUCAUUGCCCAGAUUUGCACAUCCCGCCGGGCCCUGACCCGCACGGCCGUGUACACCCUGAACUUGGCCCUGGCGGACCUGCUGUAUGCCUGCUCCCUGCCCCUGCUCAUCUACAACUAUGCCCAAGGUGACCACUGGCCCUUCGGAGACCUCGCCUGCCGCCUGGUCCGCUUCCUCUUCUACGCCAACCUACACGGCAGCAUCCUCUUUCUUACCUGCAUCAGCUUCCAGCGUUACCUAGGCAUCUGCCAUCCUCUGGCCCCCUGGCACAAGCGUGGGGGCCGCCGGGCUGCCUGGCUAGUGUGUGGGGCUGUAUGGCUGGCCGUGACGACCCAGUGCCUGCCCACAGCCCUCUUUGCUGCCACAGGCAUCCAGCGUAACCGCACAGUCUGCUAUGACCUGAGCCCACCUGCCCUGGCCACCCACUACAUGCCCUAUGGCAUGGCCCUCACAGUCAUCGGCUUCCUGCUGCCCUUUGUUGCCCUGCUGGCCUGCUACUGCUGCCUGGCCCGUCGUCUGUGCCGCCAGGACGGCCCAGCAGGGCCUGUGGCCCGGGAGCGGCGCAGCAAGGCAGCCCGCAUGGCUGUGGUGGUGGCAGCUGCCUUUGCCAUCAGCUUCCUGCCUUUCCACAUCACCAAGACAGCCUACCUGGCGGUGCGCUCUACGCCUGGCCUCCCCUGCCCUGUGCUGGAGGCCUUCGCGGCCGCCUACAAGGGCACACGGCCCUUCGCCAGUGCCAACAGCGUGCUGGACCCCAUCCUCUUCUACUUUACCCAGAAGAAGUUCCGCCGGCGGCCACAUGAGCUGCUACAGAAACUCACAGCCAAGUGGCAGCGACAGGGUCGCUGAGUCCACUGGGGCAGGACACGUGGAGUCUGGGCAACCAUUGUGUUUGCCACUGUGGCUGGGGCAUCAAAAGCUCCACCAGCCCCAAACCAUGCAGAGAAUUAGAGCUUAGCUCAGCUGGGCAUAGAGUGAGACCCCCCCGACCCCAAAACUUCACCAGCAACUAUUUAUUAAGCCCUUUUUCUGAACCAGGCCCUGUGGGUACAGAGAGAGACAAGCCUGGGCCUGGUUCUCCAGAAGGUCUCAAGAAGCCAUGGAGAGUUGGGGAGAGAGUUAAGCUGCUCACAAAAAUAUAGUACGGCAUGUACUGUAACUGAGGAGUAUGCUGCAUACUUUGGAGUCACCAAUAAAGGGAGUAAGAGAAGAUGGGAGGGGUAAGUGAGAGCUGCUGGGAAGGGCCAUUUGAGCUGGGUUUUGAGGGAUGAAUAUGAGAUCUCUGGGGGAUGUACUGUGUUCCAUUCAUUCAUUUGGUCCUCUCUGCUCCUUGUCCUCAUCUCCACACACUCCCGCCCCACCCCCACUCACUACUCCUCCAUUCCUUAUUCCCUCCUCCCAGAUCUCAGUUUUCCUCCUGUGGAACAAUGUGGCCAGCCCAUGGCUGCUAGUAUGCCACACAGACCCAGUACUGGCAGAACCAGCCAUGGCAAAGGGAGCCUUCCACCUUAGAAGGUUAGAGCGGAGAGAGGAAAGGGCAGAGGGACAAGGCAGGGAGGGGAAGGACUGUACAACUUCUUCAGCAUUUUUCUUUUAGCCCUGCCUAAUCUCCAAGGCUCUUCAGCCAAGGAGGGCUCUGCAGGAGUUAAACUCCACAGUAAUGUUGAGGUGUGCUUGCAGCUGGUAGAGGAAGGGGGAAAACCAGGCCCCGGCCCAUCUUGGGAAUCCAUUGAAAGUGUCCUUGCUGGAGAGGCUGACAAUUUGGACAGAAGGCAGUUUGAUUCUUUGGGUCACAGCGAGGUAGAUGUGUGGGGACAUCAGAAGACAGACUAGUUCUUAGUCCCCAUAUAGUGCAAUGCUGUGCCAAGCAGUCCAGGUGUUACCCAUCUUGCAUCUGAGACCAGGCUCUUCAGCUGCCUGUCACGGGGGAGUAAGAGACGGGGGAGCAGAAGGCAGAGGGCCUCCGCCAACAGCCCAGGCUGAGCGCGGCAGCCAGUCCCAGAUGACUGUCCCAGCAGGAUGCCAAGAACUGCGACCCCUUGGUUACUUUUCCAAGAGUGGAAAUUGUGGGCCGCAGGUAAAUUCCAUUCCCAGCUUCCCUUGCAAGGCAGAAUAGCAUAAAGGGUUCAGACCCCAGAACCAGUUCACCUGGGUGUGUAUCCUGGGUCUAUCAUUUCUAGCUGUGUUACUCUGGGGAAGUUAUUUAACCUCUUCAUACCUUAACUUCCAUAACUGUAAAGUGGGAGUAAUAAUGGUACCUAUUUUGUAAAGUUGUUGUGAGGAUUAAAUUAACUAAUAUGUGCGAAGCACUUAGAACAACGCCUGGAACAUAGUAGGCAUGCAAUGAAUGUUACUGUUAUAAUGGUUUCGCCUUUUGCUCACACAAGUUCCUCUAGGGUCUGUCUCUAGGAAUAGGCAUAGGAGGUUUCUAAACAAGGAGCUUUAAGCAGGGGAGAUUGCAAGGGUUUUUCUUCCUCCUUUAGCUAGGAGGCAGCUAGUCUUUUAAGAAAAAAAAAUUCAGCACACUUUUUUGAGAAUAAGAGCCAUAAUCCAUGAGCCCCAUCUGUUCCUAUAAGAAGGAAAAAAAUCAUUUAUUACAUGCCAGGACCAGGGAGGGAUUCCAAGCACCAUUUGAGGGGCUUGAAUUCCUCCUUCCCUUUCCCCUCCUUUUGUUCUUUUCCUCUUCCUCACCGCCCUUCUCCCUUCUCACUUUAACCCAGAGCACUCUCAGUGAUGGAGGGGCAGGGCAGGGGUGGGGGGCUUACUCUGGGAAGGUCUGCUUGCUGGCAUGGGGACAGAGACGACACAGACAGGGGUGGAGUGCAGUGAGGGGCAGGAGAAACCAAAGGGGUUGCAGAAGACUUCCUGGGGGAAGGAGCGGUGCAGCUGGGUCUUAAAGGAUAGAUGUAAUUACACUGAAGGAAAAAGGGUAAGGGUGUUCCCUGGUGCAGGGAACAGCACAAACAAAGGCAUGGAGGCUGCUGGAGGAAGGAUAGGCGGGGCUGUGGCCUGAUAUAAAGCUGGAGGGUUAGCAGGGCUAGAGAGGAAAAGGCUGCCGGCCAGGAAAGCACUGGGGAGCCAGAAGGACAGUAGUGGCCAUAGGCCGGGCUCUGUGCAUUCUGGGAACCAUGCAACGUGUGGUAUACUCAUUUUCUCAUUUAAUCCUUAUAACACCUUAUAAUGGGGAAGCUGAGACCCGGAUGUGGGAACUGACUUACCAAGGUCACACAGCCUUUCUCUAACCCAGAUACUAGAUCCUCCCCUGCUUCACCCUCCCUUCGCUCCCCUUUCCUUUCUUCACCUGACUUCCAAGUGCCCACCUGCCCCACCCAGUCCUAGUAACUGGGGACCCCUAGGAAGUUGUGCCAACCACAAUGUCAAUUCUCUUUUAGUUAGGCACAGUCUCCUAGGAUGAAAACUUCAUUUCCUAGCCUCUCUUGCAGCUAGGUAUGGCCAGAUAAAUUACUCCUGGUCCAUGGGAUAUAAGCCAAAUGCCCUAAGGCAGUUUAAUAUGGGAGGAGGGAAUGUCUUUAAGAGACAGGUGGUGUCUGGCCUCCCUUCCCUUCUUGUUGCUUACAUUGUGACAUCACAGCUGGAGCACCAUCUUGGAACAUGAAAAGCAGCUUGCGUUUCUGACCAUUCCAGUUUGGGGUCACCUAAAUCCAGACUUUUGCAUGAGAGAGAAAUAAAUGUCUACCUUUUUUAA